AUGGCUGAAAGUGUUCCGGAGAAGCCGAAAAGAUCGGCGCCGAAUCAACUGACAAGAACGCUCCUGAGGAAAUAUGACUGCGGCGUUCGUCCCGUUCACAACUGGACCAGUGCGACAACUGUCUACGUGGACUUCAUUUUACAGUCGGUCCUUGAUGUGGAUUCAAAAACCCAGAGUAUUACCACAAGUAUUUGGUACAGACAGAUCUGGACAGAUGAGUUUCUGGUUUGGGACCCGGACGAAUUUGACGGCAUCAACGAGAUUUCGCUGUCAUCUGACGCCAUCUGGAUACCCGAUAUUAUCGUUAAUGAAGUCGUGGACGAGGGGAGGUCGGCGGCCAUCCCUUACGUCUACGUCAACUCGUCAGGCUGCGUGAAGAAUUACCGGCCCAUGCAGGUGGUCCUGGCCUGCAGCCUGGAGAUGUACGCCUUUCCCUUUGACAAGCAGAACUGCAGCCUCACCUUUCGCAGCUGGCUCCACUCAGUGAAGGAAAUCGACCUGGCUCUGUGGCGGAGCGCAGAGGCCAUCGCUAACGAUCAGACGGAGUUCAUGAACGACGGCGAGUGGGAGCUGCUGUCCGUACCGUCACGCUACUGGCGCCUGCAGCAGGGUGACGCCGACUACGCCCACGUUUGCUUCCAUGUGUUGAUCCGAAGGCGCCCGCUGCUGUACGUGGUGGGACUCCUCAUCCCCAGCAUCUUCCUCAUGAUAGUGGACGUGAUGAGCUUCUAUCUGCCCGUGAGCAGCAGCACCCGUGUUGGCUUCAAGAUCAGCACGCUGCUGGGCUACACCCUCUUCAGAGUCAACCUGACGGACGAGCUGCCCGCCACCGCGGUCACGACUCCGCUCAUAGGUGUGUUUUUCGCCGUGUGCAUGGCGCUGCUCAUGCUCAGCCUGAUCAAGUCCAUCCUGGUGGUGAAGCUGCUCCACCACAGUGAAAAGGAGGUUCGGGAAAUGUCCGUGACGGCGUGCCUGCUGGACAAGUAUGGCCUUGCGGAGAGCACCUUGAACUCCACCAGAACCCUGGACCAGCUCAACCAAUCUGGAGAUUUCGAGUUUGAGGCCUCACCGGAAGAAGACGUGGAAUCGCUCACCGACAUCCAGCAAAAUCCUUCCAGCCUUGAGUGGCUCCUCAGGGAGCUGGUUUCCCUCCGUCUGGCCUUUUCCCAGGAGGACACAGAGGCUUCGGCUCGGGCUGAAUGGCUGGCACUCUGCUCAAAGCUCGACCGCUUCCUCUUCCGCCUCUACCUGAUUGUUCUGGCCGUGUAUGCCGGGACCCUGCUGCUGUUCUGGGCCAGCUGGAGCUUUGCCUAA